UGGGCUAUAAAUAACUCAUCAGCAUUAUGUGAGAAUAUUCUGUAAUCAAAAGAUAACUCAGAUGAGUUUUAUUUCCAGAAUAAUCAGGACAUUGAUUCACAAUGUCUGAAGUUAUACUGAAUUGUAAAAAUAAGUUCGUGUUUUAUAGAAUGUUUAAACAUAUCUGCAAUCCAAUUUACUGACAACCUUUUCAAUGCACAUAUUCAGGAAAUUAUUUCUGAAAUGUUCACCAUGUAUAACCCAGAGCCAGAUUCUGUUCCUUCCUUUGAGUACUCUAAGAUAUAUAUAAAAAGUAUAUAUCUCAUAUAAAAUAUAUUUCUAUCCAUUUGCCCACAAUAAAAACACACAUACAUGUAGCUCUAAGCAAUCAUUCAUUUCAAUCGGACCAAUUGCCAUGUAUGGUGUUCUCAACAUGAGUAAUGGUGCCAGAAUCUACCCCAGGGAGAAGACUAAUAUGUACUGCCAGAUAAAUAAUGGUUUGUGAUAUUAUUGCCAGACAAUAUUUAUGUCACCGUCUAAAUCUUUCACCAGAAUCACUUCUUUGUGUGUCUGUUGUCCAUCCUGGUUGAGUAACAGUGAUGUAUCUUCAUUGAAAGGCCCCUUCCUUUCUGUCCCUCGUUCCUUUACUUUCCCUUCAUUUCCUUUAUUUUUGGUUGACAAUGUAGGAUUAGGUAAUUCAUCUUUCCUUACGUGUCUGCUUUUUUCCUCCACUUUUAGAACAUUCUAUGAUAUAAUUCUUACCAUGUAUCAUUUAUAGCCCAUGCAGCUGUAUAAAGCUAACUAAUGAAAUAUGUUAUUAUUUUAUUGGUCACUAGUAUAACAGUGGAAAAGGCAGGUGACAUACUUUGACUUUCUUACAAAAGAGUUAUCUUCCUCUUGAAUAUGAUGAUGCAGUCAUCAUAUAGUCAUCUAUAUAGUGAAGCAGGUAAACUCUUUCCCUUACUUCUCAAAUAUUUAUUUUAUUAUUAUUUAUUCAAUUUCUAUAUCACCCUUCCAAAAAUAGCUCAGAGUGGUUUACACAGAGAAAGAACAAAUACAUAAGAUGGAUCCCUGUCCCCAAAGUGCUCUCAAUCUAAAAAUAAACAUAAGAUAGACACCAGCAACAGUCACUGGAGGUACUGUGCUGGGGGUGGAUAGGGCCAGCUAAAUAAAGAGAAUUUCCAAGUUAAAAGGUGCUUCUUUGCCAAGUUAUCAGGGGUUUGCCAAGCUGCAAAAAGACCAAAUAUGAGUUAUGUCUGGAUGCAGGGCUAAAAGCCUGAUUCUCUGCAGAAAUCAGGCAAGCCUUAUAGCUUACUAAAUUUUAUGCCUCUAUGCACACCAAACAUAAUUGGAGUUUGGGCCAUAAUUAAAAAGGGGCAGAGAUAGGAAGCAGCAAGAAUAGUGAAGAGGGAAAACAGAAAAAGAAACAAAAGUGUGGAAGAUAAUAGAAGAAGAGGAGGUUAGGUAGUUUAAUCAAGCAGCCCGAUUCAUAAACUCAUGAAUCCUUACUACUUUGAUUAACAUUUGCUUAGCCCCAAUGAAGUUAAUAGGCUGGUCCAAGUGUUCUGGUUUAACUUCGUAUAUUGCAUGUAUGUGGAGUCUUUCGGCAUCAGAUUUAUAGCCUUCUGUGUAACUUAGGAAGCUAGUUUACACCCAAGCCAAUAGAUGCAGCAUACAUUAGAGAAGUCUAAUUUCAAAAAAACCUGAUUUAAACUUUUCAGAUCAGGCCAUCAUUUUGCCACACAAUUCCCAGAAAGAAAUAUGCACACCACUUUAGCCAGCUGGAGCUCUGCCAUUUUUCUUUUCAGGGGAGCUUGGAGAAAUCAAUGGCAGCAGCAAGACACUUUUCUUGGUAGUUCCAGCACAGAAUGCAUUUGUUCUUAUGAAUCCUGUUGCUUUGCAAGUACUCCACAUUUUCACCAGAAAUGUUCAACAACUUAUGAAUGAAGAUCAUUUCCUGAUGUUAUGAUUUACAACCUGGAAUAGAAGGAAAUGUAAUAAGUAUGAGUGCAUGGAUGUUAUUAUUUAUUUACAUUUAUUAUUAUAUUUCUAAUCCACCAAAUCAUAAAAUAGCAUGCUGAUUUAUAGUCAAAACUAAUUAACAGUUAAAAGCAGUCAAGAACCAUUAAAAGCAUCCACCAGAAGCCUGGUUGAACAGGUGUGUUUUUAAGGUCUUCUGAAGGUCAUUCGGUUUAAGGUCUGAAGAAUCGUUUGGACAAUGGUCUUUCCUGUGUCACUCUAUGGAUGUGAAAUCUGGACUUUGAAGAAGCAAGAUAGAAAAAGUAUUGAUGAACUUUGGUGCUGGAGAAGACUUUUGAGGAUACCAUGGACAGCCAGGAAAAUAAACAAACAAAUCAAUCCAGAAUUUUCACUUGAGGCACAAAUGACCAAGCUCAACCUAUCAUACUUCAGACACAUUAUGUGAAAACCCAGCUCCCCUGAGUCCCAAAUGUUGGGGAAAGUUGAAGGAAAGAGAAAAGGACGACCAGCAGCAAGGUGGAUGGACUUAAUUAUGAAAGCAAUUUAACAUGUGCAAUUGACAGCACGACUGAGAGACCUUAAAGGCCAAGUUGAAGACAGAUUAUCCUGGAGAGAAUCUAAAUAUGUGGUUGCUAAGAGUCGACACCGACUUGAUAGCACUUAAUCAAUCAAUCAAUCAAUGGUCACCAGAGAUGUUAAGCCUAUUACUCCAGCUGAUACUAUAUUCCAAAGCUCGGGGCAGCUACAGAGAAGACUCAAUCCCAAGUUGCUGCUAGAUGAGCCAGUAGCAACUGCAGGCAGGCCUCCUUAAAUGAACUUAAUGAGCAAUGGUGAUCAUGCAGAAGAAGAUGUUCUCUUAAAUGCUGAAAGAUUAGGAAUGCUUCCUAAUUAAAACCAGGAGCAUAACUAUAAUUAAGCAAAGGAGAUAAAGGAAGCACCCAGAUAGUGAAAGCAUUUGCCAGCUGGAGAGGGCAAGGAGCUGUUGGUACAUUUCUACCUAGCUCAGCCUGCUGAUGCAGAGGUAAUGGCUGCGGCCAGCAUGAGCUAAUGUUCUCAACAGUGGUGACCUCAAUCACCUGUCCUGGGACUGUGACCAACCUUGCUAAGCUCCUGCCCCUGAGGGAGAGGGACCUCCAGCUGGGUGUUAGCUCACUCUUCUGUAGCAAAGAUAAGGGGGGCAAGUGAAGAAGGUGGGGGACCUGGGUACCCAUGGUUACUCCUCAUAGGUCACUAUGGCUUUGGCUUGUUUUAACAGAUGACACUUUGUAUGAGUUAACAGAGUAAAGAUAAAAGGAAGGGUCUCAAGCAGCAGAUGGCUUAUAGCACUGAGAGUUUCAGGGGGUAAUUUGAAAAGUGCUUGGAUAAACGCUGUGGUAGCCAAGGGGAGAAUGUGCAACUGUAAAGGAAUAUGCUCCUUUAAAAAGUUUAUUUACAAUGCCAGCUGUGGAUUGGGUGAGGUUAAAAGCUGCAAUUAGGUGAUGUUCCCUUCCGUUUCCUGUUCCAUACCUGCUAAGACUCCUAACGGCUAACCCAGUGUUCCUCAGCAAAAUAGAGGGGGUGUCAGUAGUGUCCCAGUGCUAUUUCCAGAUGGAACUCAGAGUUGGAAAAACUUAUGCAAACUGCAACGGAGGGAGCGAAGCAGUCGCCCUGGAGGCAGCGUCGGAGCAAAAGGAGGAGCCCGGCUGGGACAGCAGGAGCAGCAGCCGCCUAGCAACAACAGGAGCUUCGGCUCAACUGCACUCGCCCGACUUCCCUCCCUCCUCCUCGUCAGAUCUGGACGAGCCGGGCUCGCCGCGAUCGUCCAAGCGGCGCCGGGCUGAGCCCAGCUGCGCCAAACCUCGGCGGGCCAGGACGGCCUUUACUUACGAGCAGCUGGUGGCUUUGGAGAACAAGUUCAGAGCCACGCGAUACCUGUCGGUGUGCGAGCGCCUCAACCUGGCCCUUUCGCUCAGCCUGACCGAGACGCAGGUCAAAAUCUGGUUCCAGAAUCGAAGGACCAAGUGGAAGAAACAAAACCCCGGGGUUGACGGCACGACACAGCCAGGAAGCAACGCUUUGCCUACGGCAGGAGGCGGAGGCAGCCCUAGUCCACCAGGCCCCAGCGCCCUGGCCUACCAGACUUUCCCCUCUUACGCUCCUGCCAAUGUCCUGUUUCCUGCAGCCGCUCCCCUUCAUCUGGCUGCAGCGGCAGGAGGGGGACCCUUCCCUCCCUUCCUCAACCCCACGUAUUUGGCUCCAUUUUAUACCCCUCACUUAUAAAAGAUCUCAUCCUUGCAGGGCUUCCAGACAUUCUUGUGCAAGGGUGGAGAGGAGCAAAGCCUGUUGUGUAUAAAGAAGGAAAGACCAAGAAACCCUUUUCCAGAACGAGUGUCUUCACUCUGACUUUAAGCGAUCUCCUUUCCUCAGCCUUGUUUAAGAGCAUGCACUCUAACCAAGCAUCCCUGGACCACCACUACCUAGUUAUAGGGUUUUUUGUUUUUUGUUUUGAUUUAUUACUAAUGUGGGUGGGAAAGGAGAAUAUUAAAAUAAUGAUCCACCCACUUUAUUUUUUUGCUCAUAACUUCAUUGAAUCAUUUAAUUUGUGAAAUUCCUUGAAACGAUUGUGACUUUUACUGCAAGAACAUGGAUUUGUUUUCUUUCUCAUUUUUUUAAACAAACUGAGCAAGUAUACAAUAUCUGAUAUUUAUAUGACUGCUGAUAAUAUAGAGAAUGAAAAAAUGACAAA